ACACUUUUGCAACACCAAUUCUUUUCUUCGGGUGGUCGGACGUAUCUUCGUGUCUGGUUUUGUUGGAUUUGAAAGAAUUUCGUAAAUUUUUCAUUUUAAUUUUAUUUUUCUACAUCUAAACGGCGUUCUUGUGAGCUGGAAUAGUGAUUGGGCGAUACGUUUUUGUGAAGUAGGAAUAUAAUCUACGAUCGCAGGGGCGAAGCGUUUGAAGCAGAAAAAACUUCAAAAAGUUGUACUGUUCACAUCUUGAAACUCUUAAAUAAUUUGCUUCACGAAUUAAAAUAAAAAGAGAUAUUUUUUGGGUGUACAUUGUAAUCAUGGCUCAGUAAAAAUGAAUAAAAUUAAAAGUCUGAUUUCGCAAGCUCCAUGCGGAGACAAGUGUCUUGUUAGAUCUACGGCGCCCGAUACGCACUGCGCAUUUAUAUCAUCAUUAACACCACAUUACUUUUAUUCCAAUUCCAACGAUGGACAACAACAAAAAACAACAAAGUUUUUCAAGGUCUGGCAAUGCGAAGACAGGCAAUUCUGCAAAUGAUUGUGUUCGACAAAAAACAUCAGAUCCGCCAUCAACGAAAAACUUCCCAAAAAAAUCAAGACGACGUGAAAAUCCCCAGGUAUCUUCUCGCAACAGCAAUAAAACACAACCCCCACAGGCAUCUACAAAAGUUCGACCAAAUGUGGAUAAACGCCCACGCGCUCGAGGUUUUAAUGGCACCAACAAUAAUGGAUUUGAUAACCCUUCUUCCAGCUCCUCCAGACUAGUAGCAGAUGAAUCCUUGGCCGCAGCGUCUUCCGACGAAGGGGCAAUUGGUCUUGAAUCGAAUCACAAGUAUGAUGUGAAUUCUGUUUACUCCCUUGGGUGUAGGAAACAGAACCUAAAUCAUCUACUUAACUUCUAUUAUACACCGCGCGACGUUGACUUCUAUGAUGGUGCUGGUGGCGGAAGUGCUAACAAUGGUUCACAUGGAUUACGCCAUGGACAAAUAAAAAAACACAAAUACAACAAGGAGCAGUUCAUACAGGCCAAUUUCCAGUUUGUUAUAAAGGCAUCUGCUAAACGCAAAACUAAUGAUUCUCCUGAUAGCCUAAUCGACUGGUCGUUGAUUGAGCAAAUUAACAUUCAAACUUCCGAUGAGCCUCAAUGUCCCAUUUGUUUGUACCCACCUGUGGCGGCUAAAGUCACCAGAUGCGGCCACGUAUACUGUUGGACUUGUGUCCUACAUUAUCUAUCGUUAAGUGAUAAAACAUGGCGAAAAUGUCCAAUUUGCUAUGAUGCAGUGCAUGUUGGAGACUUGAAAAGUGCUUCUAUUGUGCAGCAGUCAUCGCACAAUGUUGGUUCGCAGAUCGCAUUUCGAUUGAUGCGUCGAAAGAAAGGUUCUCUGUUAAUUGAGAAAUAUGAAAAUUGGCAAGACGAAAAGUCUUCCGAAUCAUAUCCUUAUGUAUCAAGUCCAAUGGAAGAUAAGUUAUUUUCAAAGUUUGUACUAGCUACGCGUGCUGAUAUAUUCCGCAUAUUGGAAAGAGAACGUAAUGAGCUCCUUUUGAACGUGGAUGAGUCGUGUCCAGAAAUUGUGUUUGUUCAACAAGCCUUGGAAUUAAUAAAGGAAAGGUCAGAAAAAUUGGGUGAAAUAAGGGAUGACGAAAAUGUUAUACAAAAUAAUGAUGCCCAAACAAAACUCUGCUCCAUUGGAAUUCAGUGUGACGAUGAAAAUGUUGUAAGCACAAAUGGGGCUAUAAAUGCAACGGAAAAUGCGGAGGUUGUUCCCAAUGCUGGAGAUUUUGGGAUUGAAAGCAGCGUCAAAGCUAUCCAUUCUCCAGGGAAGUACUACUAUUUCUAUCAAGUUGCUGAUGGUCAGAAUAUCUACUUACAUCCAUUGAAUGUGAAGAUGUUACAAGCUACCUAUGGUAGCUUGGCAGAUGGGCCCCCGUUUAUCGAAGCUCGCAUUAUACAGAAAGAACAACAAUCAAUGGACGAGGAUCACCGUCGAAAAUUUACAUGUUUGGGCCAUUUGCCGCUGACUUGUGAAUUUUCGGUGGUGGAAAUUGAGCUUUUGCCACCUUAUGUUACUGAAGAUGUUAUCAAAUCGUUCAAGUCGGAUAUUAUUCAUCGUAAGAAAGAACGACAACGCAAAGCGCGUGAGGAACGUGAGCGUGAAAAACAAAUCAAUGCCAUCAACGAUCGUCAAAUGGGCAAACUUAUAUCCAGUGCAGCUGUCAUUAACAUAACGUCAUCUGAUGAAUUUCCAACAUGUGGUUUCGAAGAACCUCUCUCGCCAAGUGCGACUCCAGCCGACGAUAUUCCUUCUACAUCUAAAGGAUCUCGUAAGAAGACAAUUAGUACGAGCAGCGUUGGUAGUUCUAGUUAUUCUUCGAUCGCAUUGCACUGUCAGCAGGAAGUGGGUCCAUGGAAAACAACUAAACAGACGCCAAACGUUCCUACAAGUUCUCACCACAGUGACGACAGCGAAGAAAGUUCGGUUUUAAAUAGCAUUCAUACUAAUCUAGGCGAUGUGUUGGCUCAAGCUCUAUCUAAAAAGAAAUCAUCCGAUAAAACCAUGGGAAGUGCUGACAAUUUUGGACAGAAAAAAAGCAGAAAGCCAAAGAAAUUGGUUCCGCUAUUUUCGACCGGUAUGAAUUUUAGUAAAUGAAGUGCGAAAUAAAAAUGUCGCUUUCUGCAAUGAAGGCAAUUGUAUAACAUUGAUAUUUUAGUUUUGUUGGUAAUAAAGAUAAUCUGCAAUAACAAAACCACAAA